UUUAAAACUCCAAUUCAAAUGUUUUAACAUAAAAAUUUCGAAUUUAAGCAAUUUAAGUAAAUAAAAAUAUGCACAUCUUAGGUUAUGAAAUAUGAGUUUAUACACAAAAAUUGUAUAUUAAUUUUGCACAGACUGAAACUUCAACUCGCGACUCCCAGAAUUUGAGUAUUCGAAAUUCUCAAAACCCACUAUUAUCGAAUAUACGUAGCUCAACAACACGUUCCCUUCAGUGCAUUGCGUGUUGUAAACACAAAACCAGCCGUAGCUAAGUCAACACAUCUUCAAUUCCGAGCCACCACCAGCGCCACUUCUACCACCAAAGCACCGACCAACGAUCGCCCAACCAACUCCACAAACGUUAAACAGUGGUGACGAACCAUACAACACAAGUGCCGCGAAGCAACCAAGAGCAGCUCAAUUUCAAUAGCUGGCAUUCAGUACGAAUUAAGCCGCCAAACGAAGUGAAUCGUUCGAAACGACGUAACGCUGUGUACCUGUGAAGAUAGAAAUUACGAAUUUGUUACAACGUCAUCCUCGCAUCGAACUGCAGCACAAUACGAAGCGCGAGUACAACCCUGUGAAAUAGUGGAGGACGCUGAUUUUAAAUUGAAGUGCGUGCAGUGUUUAUGAAGAGAAGGGUCGGCGCUGUGAGUUUUGUGCGCAUGUGCAAUUGAUGACAAGCGAAAGAGAGGAAAUUUACGUUUUCUAAAACACAAACGAAGUGAAACACAAAUAAAAGCAUAUAAGGCAUACAAAAACAAAAUAAACAAAAAAUAAUUUGUUUCCUUCAGAUUUUUCGUCCCAGAGCACAAGACCAAAUUAACUUGACGUUUGUUUACAUUUUUUAGUUACUCAAGUGUAGUUGGAUUUCCUGUUUGUUGUCAUGUCGUUUCGGAGGUGAAUUAGAACGUAAAGAAUAAUAGAUUUGAAAAAUUCCUACAGUUGAAAGUCAAAACCGGCUUCGUUGAAGUUGAAAAAUAAAUUUAAAAAAAACCAAUAAAAGAAAUUUAGAGAAAAUUGUGUGCUGAUAAUUGGGACGCAAGUGUGUCUAGUGAAAUGUAAAAAACCCACUGAAAUAUGCUUUAAAAAGAUAUACACAUUAUUGAAAAAAUUUAAAAAAAAAUAAUAAAAAAUAAAAGCAAAAAAUUCGAAAAUAAAUAUUGACAACGAACACUCCAAAUGUUCGACGCGUUAACGGUAAACAACAGUAAAGGCUAUUAUACACAAUUUUCAAGCGCCUAACUAAAGUUGUGUUGACUUUUCACUAUUUCAACGCUCAGCAUUAAAGCGUUAAAUUUACGGUUUUUGCCAAAUACUAUUUCGAAAUUAGUUUUUUGCUGCGGCAUACGGAUUGUCAACUGAUCGUAGACCGGCGACGUUGCGCUGCAGUUGAUUUUGUUUUUCUGGCGACAAGUGAUUUGAUUUGCUGGUGUUGACAGUUGAAAGUGAUUUAUCGAAAUUUUUAAGUUAAUGUCAAUACUACUGAUUGCUGGAUUUUGCAAUUUGGAAAGUGUGGCAAUACUGUUAGUUUGAGUGUGAAAUCAAAAAAUAUUUUUUAACGGUGGAAAUAAUAAUUUGAUUUAUGCUGGGUAUUUCGAAAGUAGAACAAUUGGUUUAUUAAGCUUAUUUGUUUUUGUUAUGUUUGAAUACAAAACUUGUGAACAUUAACGACUGUACUCGAUAACAAAUAUGGAUGCUGGCAGUGUGGCUAGUGAACCGAUUUCGGCGCAUCAUCGCGCAUUUGCGAAACAAAAAUCCGCUUCAAUGACAAUUCUAAAUCAUCGUUCCAAUAAAUACAGUACACACAACGAUAAAAAAAAUGUCGACACGAAAAUGUCCGAUGCCGAGGCAAACCUUAUUAAUAGCGCACAAACGCAAGCCGCCACGACGGGUCGACGACGCAAAGUCUCCUCGUUGGGCGGCACACUUUCCGCGCGUUCGUGUCGCAGCGAAACGAAAGAGCUACGCUCGGCGCUGCAAGAUCGCGAGGCUGUUAUACAAAAUCUACGCAUACAAUUGUGUUUGGGCAAAUUGCCACGCCCUACUGGACCACCACUCGAUGACAGCGAAAAGCCGGCAGCAGAGCAAAAACUACAGAGAUUGAAAGCCGAAGCGGAGAAUAAGAAAAUCAAAAUCAAGAAUUUGAAAAGUGCGCUGGAGAAACUGGAUAUUACAGAUAAUAUCGAUAUACGCAUACGGCAGGCGGAAUUGGAGUAUGCACUGGGGCGUGAGGAAUUGCAGAUGCUAUCGAUUGUGGAGGAGGCGCGAGCUUUGCAAGCGCGCUUAGAGAAAUCAAAGCCGGAAUUACAAACCAUUUAUAACAUUCUCAAUUCCGGCGCCACGCUAAGCUUACACGCUGUGCAUGCGACCACGGGACGCUGGGCCGCGCACACCAAGUCCGAUCAGCCCGGUUUCUAUGUCGAAUGGGCGCUCGAAGGUGAUGGACUCUACAAAGGUGAUCGCAUACUCGAGGUCAAUGGCAAGAUGAUCGCCUGUCGCACCAAGGAAGAACUGCAGAAAGUCAUCGGCAAUUCAGGGAAAUGUCAAAUUGUGGUUCUGCGCAAGAAAUGUGCGCCAAUACCACAAAAACAGUUAGAUCAGGAGAAACAGAACAAUAUGCGCCUACAGCAUCGUAUCUCCUAUCUCGAGGAGCAAGUGCGUGAAUUACAAUCGGCGAAAGAGCAGCCACAACCGCAACAGCCACAAGCUAUGCCACAAACACCACAAAACCAAACGACGGCGGCGCAUAUAAAUAACGGUACGAAUAGCCAUGUGACUAGCAUCAGCAUAUCGUCACCACCCUCGACACCGCCCGACAAUAAACCGUUAAUUUUCCAACGUGGCAACUAUAUUACAACACUAGUUGGUGGCAAACCAAUUGAAUUGAUCGGUGAGAAUAAUACCCAAAAUGCUUUGAGCAAAAGUAACUCUGUGGCGCAUGUCACUAAAACACUGAUCAAGGAGAAUACACAACUGGAUCUACAUCAAGAGCGUACACCACGUGCAUCCGCACCACCGGCCUAUACCUGCAUGCCACCGAAAUCCUUGUCCGCCUCCAAGAUCUCGAUCAACAGCGACUCUGCGUACAUGCAACACACCCAUUAUCGACGCAGUGAGAAGGAGCGACAUGCGCGCGAACGUGAGCGUGAGCGUUACGAGCGUUCGACAAGCAAGGCGAGCGCGUUACAGCAUCGCGCGAAUAUGCAUGCGCGCAGCGUGGAACAUUUGAAUCACUAUAAUGGCAUGGAACGUCGUCGCGAUUGUUCUGCCACAGCGAAUACGCACUCACAUGUGCCAGCCGAUAUGCGCAGUGUCAAAUCGCUGGAUUUCGACAGUGAUAACGAGUCCAAACCUAUUAGCGAUACUAUUUCAGAAGUGCGCGCUGUUCGACCCACACCACCGAAGAAACCGUUGCGUUUAUCGCUGCAACGCGCGCAAAGUCUGCAAACUGUCGAAUUGUCCCCCAACUGCGAUGCGGAACGAAAGCGUCCCAUGAAACGGGCGCACAUCAACGAUAAGUCGCCAGGUGAACGCGAGGCUACGAUACUCUUUGAGAAUUGUAGCCCCCUACAAACGGCGUCGUUGGGUAGGCCGCGUGCGAACAUAUGAAAAUUGCUGAAUGUUCUCUUUAAGCGCAACGAAGAGACACAUUACUAGUGAGGGGGUAAGGGGGGAGGCUUAUUUAAUUUAUAAGCCAAAUAGCUAUCGAAAAAUAAUCAUGAAAUUAUUUUAGGCGGACGCGUGCAAGAUUUAUAUUAGUUUUUAAAAGAAAAAAUUGUUUACCAAAUAUUUAAAAAUAUUGCAAUGUUUAGAAUUAAGUACUUAGGGAAGUUAGGGUAUGCUAAAUUUUAUAAAUGCUUUACUUAAUCAUAUAUAAGUAUAUAAUAUAUGCAAAUAUUUAUUAACUAAUUCGCAAUAAUAUGUAUUUUGAACUCAAUUAAAUUGUACAAAUAAUGUUUUUAGCACAUUUCGUAAUAACAAAAUAAUUUUAAAUGUAAAUACACAAUAAAAUCACAAACAAAAAUUAUAAUACUAAUUUUAUUAAUAAUUAAUUUUAUUAAUAUUUUUAUCUAUGCAGGUAAUACUUUAAAGCCCACGAAGCCUAAAGCAGUAUAAACAACGGAAAAAUGUUAUCUAUAUAUUUUGCAAGCAACUUCGCUGCAAUUUGGAAUACUUUAAGAAAUUUGCGUUGCAUUGCACGUUUCGCACAUUUUACAAUGUUCUUCGCUACGCGCCCGUGGCAUUUAAUUUACACUUGGUCAUAAACACGCACUCAUUAUUUUCUAUCAAUCCCGCAUAUUUACAUAAAUACAGGGUGUGUCAUAUUCCAAGUCGAUAAGUAUAUAUUGAAGUAUAGUUUAAUUUUAACUAUGAAUUUCGUCACUCAAUGCAGUCGAUUGAAGCUGUCGGAGAGAACGUUGCCCAUAUUCUAUUACAAUCAAUUUUGAAACGCGUUUCGGAACAAUAUUUAAAAUAGGUUUCCAUAUAAAACGAAACUUGAAAAAACGUUAACUUCGGUUGCACCGAAGCUAGUAUACUCUUCACAAAUUAAAAAGUUUCCAAAGAACUUGAUUUUGAUUGGUCUAUUUGCUUAGCAGCUAUAAGCUAUAGUGGUUCAAUCUGAACCAUUUCUUUCAGAGAUUGUAGCGUUGCCUCUGCCAAUAGUCUAUGCCAAAUUUCAUAAAAAUAACUCGUCAAAUAAAAGAGUUUUUCAUACAAGAGCUUUAUUUUGAUCGUUCAGUAUGUGUGACAGCUACAUGCUAUAGUGGGCCGAUAUUGGUGGCUUCGACAAGUGAGCAGCUUAUUGGGGAAGAAAUAACGUCUGUGAAAUGUCAGAUCGAUAUCUCAAAAAUUGAGAGACUAGUUCGCAUAUAUACAGACAGAUGGGCAUGGCUAAAUCGAUCAUCAUUUAUACUGCUCAUUUAUAUGGAUAUUUUAUAAGAAGUUUCCUUCAAAGUGUUACAAGCUUAGUAGCAAUCUAAAUAUACCCCAUUCAGAGUACAAAAACUAUUGCAGACCGAUCGUCGAUUGUCGUUUGAAAUAUUUUAAAGCUGUCGCGUACGUUGUCAAAGAGACUGACUGGAUAGACCCAGAUAGCGAGAUUUGUGUCUCCUGUCUUCGUUUGGUGAGAUUAUUUGAAAAGCAAAGUGUACGCCCAUAACGCUCGAUCGAUAUACCACUCAAGAUGUUGUAAUGGAAAAACCCAAAAAAAAGUUUUUUUUUACCAUGAAAAAAACUUUCAAUUGAUGAAUACUGUAUU